GGUUGGAAGAAGGAGCGUGUGGUGAACAAAUUCUUUGAAGGAAAGAUUCUUCUGAUCUUGGCAGAUGAUCCAAAAUAUGCCACGAAGAAGGCUGAAGAGGUGCGGCAGGUGGUGGACAGUGAGCUGGGUUUCCAGCAGGUGACUCUCAGCAGACCCUCUCAGGCUAAGACCUACCUGUUCAUCAGCACAGAGGGGCUGGUGGUGGGAUGUGUUAUUGCUGAGCCCAUCCGACAGGCCUUCAGAGUCCUGGAGCAGCCCGAUCAGAACAAAGACAUGACCAAGGAUGACUUCAUGGAGCGCCACAGAGCCUGGUGCUGCUCCACCGUCCCAGAACAGGCUCUGUGUGGGAUCAGUCGGGUCUGGGUGUUCAGCCUGGCCCGAAGGCAGGGCAUCGCUACGCGCCUGCUGGACACAGUCAGGAGUACCUUCAUGUACGGGAGCUACCUGACCAAACAGGAAAUGGCUUUUUCUGACCCGACUCCAGACGGGAAGCUGUUCGCCACCAAGUACUGUGGCACGCCCACCUUCCUGGUUUACAACUUCAUUGCAUGAAGUUCAGCAAGAUUAAAACUGAGUUCUGAAAGUGUUUUAAUGCAAAGUUUGUUCUGUGGUUGAUAAGACUUUAAUUUAAAGUCAAGUUAAGACACUUGAGCAGGUUGUAAAUGUUCUGUAUUUAUGUUCAGCGCUGCUCAGUUUAAUUUUUACAAACUGCCUUCAAAGGAUCUACAAUUAGAUGUGUUCAAGUUGACCUUUGAUACAUGAUAAAUGUUCAUUGUUGUAAACAGUUUGUUUCUAAUAAAUCUUUUAAGCAAA